AUGUUUUCAGGACACCCCAUUCUUGAUGAAAUCAAGAAGGGGUUCAAACUUCGGCCAACCAAGACUGUCGACAAAUCAAAGCCAGUGAUCAUUGCGGAAAAUGAGGAUGAAAGUGAGGUGUCAGUUACAAAACAAGCACCACCUUCCGGAAUCCUACCACCAGGACAAUCAAUUCCAAAACCAUCCUUCUUCAUCCCACCUCCUGUUCCAAAUGGUUUUAUCCCACCACCACCAGGACCAGGAGGUAUUCCACCUCCGCCUCCGAUGUUUGCUGGAGGAAUCCCUCCACCGCCACCAAUGAUGGGUGGGAUUCCACCACCUCCUCCAAUGUUCGGAGCUCCACCUCCACCGCCACCACCAUCAGGUUUAGGUGUGGCUCCUCAACCACCACGACCUAAAACUCCAGUAAAUCCUGCCCUCGCUAAAUUAGGUGGAAAGAAUCCAGGAACAGUGGAUCGUGGGGAAUUUUUGAAAGGAAUUCAAGGUGGUUUCAAAUUGAAGAAAACAACAACAAAUGAUAAAUCUGGACUUUUUGUUGAUGAAGAAAUGAGAGAAAGGAGUGUCAAAUUAAUUGAGGCUGCACCUUCUUCGUAUAUAGCACCGGAUCGUGGAAGAAGCCCUGCUCGCCCCCACUCGUCUCUCGGUUUUGAUUCCCAAGAUAACAGAUUCCGAACUCCCGAACCUCGAGACGACUCUCCAGAACAGCUUCUAGGACAGCGGCGACCGAUUGUAAUGAGACAGAAAGGAGCUCCACCCCCACCACCUCCAGAGUUUGGUUUCGAUUCAGACAAACAGAAAGUCACUUCUGAAGAUAUUGAAAAAGAAAUUAAAAAGGGAUCUGUCGCAUCGAAAAUGGCCGCUUUGAUGGGAAAUAUGGGAUAUUCUGCUGAAAAAUGUGAUCAAGUCGGAAUGGGAACAUUACCGAGAGCAACAUUUAGAAGAAGUCCUUUAAGAAGUUCAAUGAUGUCAUCAUCUUCAGAAGUUAAUAACAAUUUUGACAAUGAUACGCUAAGACCGAAACCUGUAUCAAAAUGGCACGUCGACACAAAUUAUGGAUUGAAAUCUGCUUCAAGAUCAAAUGUACCGAUUGAAAAAGAAGAAAGAGCUUCAUCAGUUAUGAGAGACAGAAGUUCAUCAUGGCUUGAUUUAACAAGGCCUGCACCAAUCGAAAGAGCAAGAACACAAUCUCCGAUUCCAUUAUGUGAACGGUUAGAAUUGGAUGACAUGGACUUUGAUCAGCUCGUUGAUGAAGUUGUAGCUCAAGAAGCCGCCAAAGCAGCUCAAAAGAAAAAACCAACAUUAAGAAAAAAGAAGCAAUUACCUGAACCAAUUAGUGUGACAACAGAUUUUUGUACAACUGGAGCCAGAAGACCUUCAACAACUCCACAGAUUCAAGAGACUCCACCAACACCUGCUCAGAAGAAAACAUAUGGUUAUGCUCCAACUGCUGCCCCAACUAAUAAUUCAAGGGGAACUAAUACUUGGAGAUCGACCAGUCCAUCAGCUGUUGAACCAUCCGGAGGUAUGUCUCCAAUAAGUUCCUCAGUUUCAUCUGCUUCUGCACCAUCUCCAUCAUCACUUUCUGCUGGAUCAGUGUCCCCAGAUUCAACUCCAAAGAAGAGAAUUGUUGGUUCUAAUGCCAACUUUGAAAAGGCAAAAGAAAAGUGGGGAGCUGCUCCAAAAGCCGACGACUCACCACCAACAACUCGUGGAUAUUUGAUGCGUGAAAGCAAGACACCAACACGAGAGGAAACCACUCCAGUAAGAGAAAAGACACCAGUGAAAACAAUUGAGGAGCCAAAAAGCAAAAAGGUGACUGCAUCUUCUGCACUGAACAAAAACAAGGAAAAAGAGAAGAGUCCACCGUGCUUCGCUGUAACCGCUGCUGAGGCAAAGGGCGCAGCAGCGGUUGCCAAGUCGAAGAGUCGAAAGAAGUCACUGAAGAAUACUCCAUCUGUUCCCACUUCAACCAUCACAACCACUUCCACAACCACUAACAAACCUACUAGCACUUCCACCAAACAGACCACCUCAUCCUCAUCCACUGAGCACUCCCCAUCACCCAUGGCUACAUCCUCUCAAAAAAGGGAUAGUAUCAGUAAUACUGAUGUUAAGAAGAAGACACCAUAUGGUCAACCAAUGUCAGGAACAGUCGCUGAUCGAGCAAAUAAGUUCCGUCAACAGUUGCAAGCUGAUAAUGAAAAAGGAAAGAAACCAUGGCAGCAUCCCUUCAUGUCUUCCAACGUGCCUCCAUCUUCCCUUUCUGCUCGUGAGCAGCUCUUCUCCUCCUCUUCGUUGCCACGUCAUCAUCGUAACUCUUCAAACCAAAACGUCAUCAACGUUCCAAUAAGUGCUCCGUGGUAUUCACGGGACCCUAUCGUCAACCCAGAACCGCCAAGUGUUGGGUCCCGUCGGCCAUCCAAACAGUCAACCAAUCCGUAUCGGAUCUCGUUUGACGAAUUCACAGUGCCCCAUCCUUCACAAAUGCGUGAUAAUAUUCGCUUCAACAUCGACUUAUCCCACGACUUACCGCUCUCCAUUUCUCGCCGCUAA